AUGGUGCGUUCAUGGUUGGGUCCUGAGAAAGUGGUCAUGCCCAUCCUGGAGCCGUUUUGGCCAGUGUUCCUCGUUGUGGGCACUGGCUUCUAUGUCUUGGGCUUGGCUCUGGGAAAGACCAGGGCUUUCGAAAGCAAGCUUUCUGCUUGCCAGCCUCCUAACAGCCUUCUCUACAUAUCGAUCUUUGUGGUGUAUGUGAUAUCUUACAGCUCACAGGGCCUGAUUUGGGAGUUCCACAAGUUGAGUGAAGCUUCGUUGCUGGUAGUGCAAGCACAGAUUGUGCUGAUUUCAAAGCUUCUUUGCAUGGCUCUUGGAAUCGGGUAUGCAGCUAGUCUGGGCUGCUCCACACGUUGCUUCGAGGCCCGCAGCAUCGCCAGAUAUUCACUGCCCGGCUUCUGCUUUGGCUUCUACGACGUCUUCAGGAUGAUGGCUCUCCUGAAGAUCAGCGCCGGUUCAGUGCAGGUCUUACUACAAUUCCAAUUGAUCCCAAUGGUGCUUCUGCGAAGUCUGGUCUUCCGAGCUGGCAUUCAGCCCUCUGACUGGACGCUGCUCCUUGCUGUGACAUGCGGUUGUGCAGGCUUCCAGUACACUCAUGAUGCUACAUGUGCGCUGGGCAUGGCUUACACUGCCGUUUCCAUGGGCUUCAGUGUUGUUGGCAACGUCCUCGGUGAGUAUUUGCUUACUUCAGAGCAUCAAGAGCCCGUGAUCCUUCAGAAUACCUGGAGCCUGGCAAGUGAAGCCUUGGCGGCAUUCGUCAUGGUGCUGUUGGACAGGAACAUGAACGGGAGCGUCCUCAUAUUACCAAAGUGGUCGCCUCUGAUUUGGACUCUCGUUGCUGCUGGUGCUUUGCACACCUUGGUGUCGACAACGGCUUGCAAGGCCAUUGGAUCUGUGCCAAAGACCAUAGCUGCUAACAUCUCGACAGUCUUUCCCACCUGGUUAGUGUUGAUGCUGAUUGGAGUGGAGUCCCCUUAUGAUGUUCCAAAGAUUCUGUUUGGUCUUGUCGUCCUCACAACAUCCGCCACCUUCACCCUGAAGAACGCGAGCUGA